UCUAGGAUGAGCCGGUGCCUUUGGCCUUCUUCUUCCACGAUGCCGAGAUCGUCGUUUCGCUGGAGAAGACCUUGGCAGGGCAGGCAGUGGAGACAGAGAAGGUUCUCGACAUCAAUCUACCAGCCGCAGGCCGUGUUCAGGGUGCGGGCGGUGACGCGCUGCACCAGCUCCCUGGAGGGACACACCGAAGCUGUCAUCUCUGUUGCCUUCAGCCCCACGGGAAAGUACCUGGCGAGCGGCUCUGGGGAUACCACAGUCCGCUUCUGGGACCUCAGCACGGAGACGCCGCAGUUCACAGCCAAAGGUGGGUGCAGGGUGUCCUGGGAGGGCAGCUCCUCCCCAGUCGCACUCAAACAGGGCAGACCUUGUGUGCUGUGUGGGCUGGGACUGUCCUCCGAGGAAUGGAGCAGCUCUUUUGCACUGAGUUGAGGAAAAGGAGGAAGAAGGUCUGGCCAGG